AUGGCAGACAAACGCUCCGCCUACGGCACCGCCUCCUCCGACACCGACUUCCGCAAAACCUGGAAUCGCGAAGAAUACGCCCAGCGCGCCGCCGACCGCGAAGCAGCCUCCAAAGCCGAAUCCAAAGCGCGGUACGAAGCCAAGCUCGCCGGCAAAAAAUGGCACGCGCCUGUCGACUUUAGCACCUUGGAAGCAACCUCUUCGCGCGUGUCGAGGCUCGAUGUCGCGAGUAUGGUGGGCAAAACCACCAUGGUCCCUGCCGGUGCGGCUCUUGUGGAGCAUCUCAAUAGUAAGCAGCAUUUGAUUGCGAUAGGGGAGAGUGGGGAGGUGAAGAGAGCGAGUGUGGAGGAUGUGAGGAUGAGGUUGAGGUGGUUGGCGCACAAGAAACGGGAGAAGGAGAAGGAGGAUAAGAGGGCUUUUAAUCUGGAUCUUGGCGCGAGAAUCAAAGACAUCGAGGAGCAGGAUGCGAAGGAGAGAGAGGAAAGGAGAGCGAAGAGAAGGGAGAAGAGGAGGGCUGUGAAGCAGGAGGAGGAUGAUUGGGAGGGGAGAUUGGGGAUUAUUGCGUAG